UUCCACUGCCAGCAACAACUCAGUAAAGCAACGAUGAAACUCAAUACUCAAUCAGUUCUAGUGCUCUUCUGCCUUUUGCUGGCCAAUGCUCUGGCUGAACCCAAUCGCGAAAAACGAUCACCCGAUGGACACGGACACGGACAUCAUCAUGACCACAGUCACGAUCAUGAACACGAGCACGGACACGGUGCUGGCAUCCCGAUUCACACUCCCGAUGUGAGCCCACAGUAUUACGCCCAACAGUAUGCUUCGCCUCCUUCUUACGAUGCUCAACCGUCCGAGUACCAGGAGCAGCAACCGUAUGAAGAACAUCAGGCAGCUUCGUCUUUCGAUGCCCCAAAAGGACCCCAAGAAUACGAUACUCCUUAUUACAGCAGUCCUUCUGCUCCUGAAUACAGUCCACCAGCUCCUGAAUACUCUCCUCCAGCACCGGAAUACAGCCCCCCUGCUCCUGAAUACUCACAACCGGCACCGGAAUACAAUUCUCCAGCUCCUGCUUAUUCUCCACCAGCUCCUGCUUAUUCUCCACCAGCUCCUGCUUACUCUCCACCAGCUCCUGCUUACUCUCCACCGGCUCCUGCUUACUCUCCACCGGCUCCUGCUUACUCUCCACCAGCGCCUUACUCCCCACCGGCUCCUUCUUACUCACCAUCGGCUCCUCAAUCCUACCAAACUCCAGCAGCACCUUCCUAUUAUCCCCCAGCUGCUUCUUACAGCGCUCCUACUGCUCAGUACAGCCCGUCUUACGAAGCCCCGCAAGAGACUUAUGAAGUCCCUCAGUAUUCUUACGGUGCUCCCAAAGGCAAAAAGCCCAAGGGAAGUUAUGGAGCUCCCAAAGCUACUAAAGCCCCCAAAGCCAAGAAACCAAAGGGCAGUUAUGGCGCUCCUAAAGCCAAGAAGCCCAAGUCCAGCUACGGACCUCCCAAACACUCGUACAGUGCUCCAUUGCAGUCGUAUUCAGCUCCUGCUCCCUCUUACCAGGCCCCAACUCCUUCCUACCAAGCCCCAUCUUACCAGGCCCCAGCUCCAUCUUAUCAAGCACCGGCUUAUUCUGCUCCAGCCCCAGCCUAUUCUGCUCCAGCUUAUUCAGCUCCAGCUUAUUCAGCUCCAGCCCCAGCUUACUCUGCUCCGGCUCCAGUUUACUCUGCUCCUCAACAAUCCUACCAACCUCAACAACAAGGCUAUGGUAAGUAAACGUUAAACGUGAGUUCACUGGCUGAUCCACACGAAUUGUCGUUGAAAAUUGAAAUGUCUAAGAUCCUGUUAAAUUUUUCUUAUUGCUUUAUAAUAGUCAAUCUUUAUUUUUCAAGCCGGUUACUUGAAUGUUAACAUUUACAAUGCAGAUCCACAGUUUGAAUUGUGCCCUAUACUCAUUGUAUAAUAGUUGCAAUCAAAAAUAUAAAGAAAACUGGUUUUGUUGCUGAAAUUAA